CCAGAUCUAUCGCAGGUGGAUCACGAUGCGAACUGUCUCGAUCGCGCCCAUCGCGUGCCAGUGCGCAGAGUUCCGAACACCAUGCCCGGUGCGCCUCCGGUCUCCCGUGCGCCCCACGGUGCAGAGGAGGGCGACGGGCAGGCCGGUGCUCCAAGACACGUUGCAGCAAACAAGCUUCGCGGGCGACCGCCACCCGUCGCAACGGAGACACGCCGCGUCGGACGCUACGUAACCUCAAGACGACGUUCGGCGCAUCGACUGCCUAGGCCAUGCUGCCCGCCCGGUCCCUGUCGCGGCAACAUGGACGUCAACAGCAUCGCCUAGGCCUCCGCCUUUCAGAGCCCAGUGCCUACGUCAGGUUUACGGCGCGCCCCCUUCUUCCGCUGCCUCCCCUUUACCAACUCGGCGUCCCAAUCCCUCCCAAAUACCUCCAAGGCGCUAUGAAGCUGGAGUCGGCGCGAAACCCGAGCAGGAUCCCCAGCGUGAUCGCCAUCUGCGUCCGAGCGAGCUGUCUUCCCCCGCGUCGCCUCUCCCGCACAACGCCACGGGCGGGGGAGCACGCACCCCUUCCCAGCACCGCAUGCCCGCCCGAUCGAGCGCCCGCGCCCU